GAAAGUAUAUAGGACGGUUGUGCCAUUUCGUAUUAUAAAGUUCGCUCUGUUUUUAAGUUGGUAGUUGUCUAAAAUCUUUAUUCCGUGAUAUAUACUCGAUAUAUCCUCUUACUGUAUUGUGCUUAUUUAUUUUUUACUGUAUUGGUGAUGGCGGUUGAAAUACCAAUGUUCGUUGAUGUACGCCAUGUCGAGCCUCAGGCGAAAGCUACAACAUUUUUUAUUGCCCUAUCUAAAGAAUGGGAAGGUCACCCUCUUCGAAGAACAGAUAGUAACAAUUGGAGACUUGAUUUGAAGUUGUUAGUCAAUCAUAAUAGCCGUCAUAGAUACUAUUACUUUGUUUGUCCCUCUGAUUUUGUAUGUUUUCAUCGAUUCUCUAACGACUUUAUAUUUAGUACUCAGUGGAUGGGGCGAAGCAUCCUUAUGAUCCGAAAUUGCCAUGGGAGCCGAUAAGUACAACAAAUGAAAAGCUCAACUAUUUUGAGUGUGAUUUCGAAAUUGUCUCUGUGAUUUCUUCGGAGAAUACUGUUGAAGGACAUCCAUUAUCACCCUCUCAGAUUUUGCUCCUCGACCAAUAGGAAGAAUCGACCUCUCUCACCUCACAACAGCCGCCAGCACAUUUGAGCACAAUUCUCCAUCUACUUCACUCGAUAUCAAUCAAAUCAUUCCUCGCCCUGUAUCUCCCAACGCCGAAUAUUCCUGCGAUGACGGCUACAUAGAACAAGGAGGUAGGGAUACAUAAU